AUGCAAAAUUAAUUCUCAUAAAAACCAUUCUUAUUUUCUACUGUAAAACCAUAACCUUUAAAUAAGAUGUAAUUUAUUGAUUAACCAAUAUAACCUUAAUAAUUUUUAAAAUAAUAAAAUUAGUUUUUAUAAUAAUCAAAAUUUUAGAAUUAAAAAGAAGAAUAAGAAACAAUUAAAUAAUAAUAGGAGUUAUUAAAACUGAAAUAAAAAUAAGAAAAGGAAGAAUAAGAAAAAAGAUAAAAAUAAGAAAAGGAGGAAUAAGAGAGAAACAGAUAAUAAUAGUUAUUAGAACUAAAAUAAAAAUAAGAAAAGGAAGAAUAAGAAAAAAAAAGAUAAGAGGAAACAUAAAAGAUUUAAUUAGAGUUAAAAAAGAAUAUGGAAGAAGAAUAUAGAAUAAAAAUUUAAUAAUUUGAAUAUAAGAAAUUACUAGAAAUGUAAUAAAUGAAAAGAUAAAUUGAAAACUAGAAAGCAAAAGAACUUGAUGAUGAAUUAAAAAAGAUUUACUAAUAAUAGAAAUUAGAAUUUGAAGAUUAAAUAAAAUAAAAAUAAUAAGAAUUAAUUGCACAACAAUAAAAGGCUCAAUAAUAAGAAUAAGAUACAAAAUAGUUAGCUGAAAUGUAAAUCUAGUAAUCAAUAUAGUUUUACAAUCAACUGAAUUAAUUUAAAAAAUAGAUAGAAUAAAAUUAAUAAUAAUAUAUUGAAUAAUAUAAAUAAAGGGAGCAAUAGUAAAGAGAGUAAGAAAUUAAAAUAUAAUUAGAAACUUUUGA